GUGACCUGUGCUGACAGGCACACAGUGGCUCUCGUUACUGUUUGUGGAAGUUUCUGUAUCUUUUAUUGUUAUUCUUUUCUGACUGAGCUUCUGUAACUCUGGGAGAAUGUCCAUGGAAAUGAUUUUCCUCGGAACCGGGUCGGCUUAUCCGUCUCCUCACCGCGGCGCCUCGGCCGUGGUGCUGCGGACGGACGGGGAGUGCUGGCUGUUUGACUGCGGAGAAGGAACCCAGAUCCAGCUGAUGAAGAGCCCGCUCAAAGCCGGGCGCAUCACGAAGGUUUUCAUCUCCCACUUGCAUGGCGAUCACCUGUUCGGGUUGCCUGGCCUCCUCUGCACCGUGAGCCUCAACACCAACCGCGACCCGGAGCAGAGCCCGAAAUGUGUGGACAUCUACGGGCCCCGGGGCCUCAGGAAGUUCCUCAGAGUGAGUCUUGGCCUCACAGGAUCAGAGCUGCUCUUCCCGUAUGCAGUGCAUGAGCUGGAGUCCACGCCAGACCAGAGUCCAGAAGAGGGACAGCUCAGCAUGGAGAUGACUGUGGACUGCAGUCCUCCCCAAGCACAGGAGCAGCCUGGCAGGACGAUUCCUUUGGACGUUUCCGGCGACUGUUACCCCCUUUUCCAAGACAACAAGUUUGUUGUCAAGGCCUUCCGGCUGUUUCACCGCAUUCCUUCCUUUGGCUUCUGCAUCCAGGAACACGAUCGUCCCGGAAGACUGAAAACAAAACUACUGAAGGAGCUCGGUCUUAAACCAGGCCCUCUGUAUACCCGUCUCAAAGCUGGCGAGUCUCUGGUUCUUGACAGUGGACGUUUACUGCAUCCCAGUGAGGUUCUGGAAGAAGAUAUUCCAGGGAGGAAAGUCUGUGUUUUCGGUGACUGCAGCUCGGUGCUCGGUGAAGGAGCUUUCCGUCUGUGCGACAGGGCGGACGUUCUGGUCCACGAGGCCACCCUGGGGAACGAGCACCGGGAGAAAGCUGUGGACCAUGGACACAGCACGCCUGAGAUGGCAGCGGCCGUGGCUCGGACUUGCUCUGCACGGAGGCUGGUCCUUUAUCAUUUCAGCCAGCGCUACAAACCCAGUUCCCUACAGAAGGAGGGAGACGAGGACGUUGUCUCGGAGCUCAAGAAGCAAGCUGACCAGGCUUUACAGGACAGUGGCGUAGAGGUGAUUCUGGCAGAGGACUUUAUGACGAUUCCCAUUCCUCUCAAAAGACAACCGUCCAGUUAAGGUUUGAUGCAAGUGGAUAUGACUAAUCUAACGUGUGUGAUUUAGUGCUCAGGUUUACGCAUCACUGUCUUUUAUUUCCUUGUUCACUAUAAAUUGAAACGUUAACCAGAUAUGUACACAAUAAAGUUUUUUUUUAAGUCAAAAAAGGCAAAUUAUUCACAUCCUCCAGCAGGUUCUGGCAUAAUUUCUGUUUGACAAAUUAAGGUUAACUGGCUGAACUGCAGUAAAUGUUUCAACUUUUCUUCUGCAGCUGUUUUCAUCACCUACAGCUGCCUUGAAUAUGCUGGCCUGGCCUUACUGUAAUAUUACUAAAGACAAAAAAGUGUGCAAUCAUCUUUGAAG